CAUGCCCGGCCCAUCCUGGAAUUUUCUAGAGAAGGAAGACCAACACAGUCUAUUGGCACUUCCAGGCCAUCACAUGAGAAUCAGCCACACCUCUUUCCAACACAACUCAGAGCUUCUCAGGAUAACUUGGUGAAAUAUCUCCUGCUCAGAACAACAGUGACUCAACCUGUAAUGUUCAGGUGAGGAAUAAGAGCAGAAAAGCUCAGAGUGACACUGACCCCUGAAAUACUUCACCAAAUAGUGUGUGGUAUUUCCUGCAGGAGAGGGUCCUGCUCAGGUGUAAUUUGAAUUUUAAAUAGAUUCCUGUCGUCCAAAAAUGUAAAAAUCACAAAUACCAGAAUGGAUAAAACAGGGGAUUAGACUCAAAUCAUCUUGAACUUACUCUUGUCUCUGUCCACACCCACUGCUUUUCCUUAUAUCAUCUCACAGCUUUAACCCACCUACCCAUGUCCCCUGCAGGCCUCUCCCCUGAGCUCUACAAUCCUGUGUCCAGUUGUCUACUGAGCUCUCUGUAAGGACAUCAAACAGGCAUCUCCACCUUCACGUGUCCAUAAGUGACUUCCUAAACCCCCAGACAAAUUCCCUUACUGUCCUACGUGUCUCAGAUGAGGGUGACAGUUUACUUCUGGAAGUUUAGCCAAACUUGACAGCAUGUAUUUUAAGUAUGGGGGAUAAAUUACAUUGUUUGUAAGUGUUGUAAUUUAUACUGUAAAGAGAAAGUUGCAUGUAUACAUAAAAGGAGUGAGAAAAUACAUCAUUUCCAAAAUUCUUUUGAGGUGUGGGGGAAAAAUGUUUCAAGACCUCAUCCCUAUGGAUCUGUGCUCCCAGGACCCCUCUGACCUCACCUCCUGCCUGCGUCCUCCUCACUCCCUCUGCUCCAGCCACGCAGGCCUCUUUCCUUUUUCUGGGGCUGAGGUUUCUCCCAUCUCAGGGCCUUCACCUGUGCUGUCCCUCUGCCUAGGACUCUGGGCACUCAGCUGCAAGUGACAAGCAGCGUUUCUUCCCCAAGUCUUUGUUCUGACAUGACUUUCUCUAUGGAAAACUUUGUGAUCUCCCACAGCCCCCCAUUUGUCAUGACAGCUCCACCUUCACCCCCACCUCUGGUCCAUGUUGCCUGUUCUGUGUGACUCUUUUUGUUCCUUCGCUGUUCACUGGAUCCUGGUGAGAACAAGUCUCUAAGCAGAGAGCAGAGCCAGAAGGUGGGGCUGUGCUGGGCUGGCGCCCUCUGAGUGGAACUCAAACUUGGCUUCACAUUAGGGUUCUCAGACGUUUUGCAAAUACAUCUUUUAUGCUGUUUUAUCAGAGAUUGCUAUUUUCACAGUAUGGGACCCACCCUCAACAAUACCUACAAUGACACAGGUGAUUCUCAUCUGUCUCCAGCAUUGACCGUCAAGGCAGUUUCCUCCAUGUUGAGAGCUGAGAUCAGCCUGUGAUCCACAGGGAGGAUUGAUUUCCAAAGACUCAUGUGAGGAAGCCACCAAGAAGAGCAAAGAAAAGGAUCCAGGGAUGGCUGUUCCUCAGGGACGCGUGACUUUCAGGGAUGUGGCUAUAGAAUUCUCAUUGGCGGAGUGGAAAUGCCUGAACCCUGCGCAGAGGGCUUUAUACAGGGAAGUGAUGUUGGAGAACUACAGGAACCUGGAGUCUGUGGAUAUCUCUUCCAAAUGCAUGAUGAAGGAGUUCUCAUCAACAGGGCAGUGCAAUACAGAAGUGUUCCACACCGGGACAUUGCAAAGACAUGAAAGUCAUCACAUUAGAGAUUUUUGCUUCCAGGACAUUGAGAAACAAAUUCAGGACAUUGAGUUUCAGUGUCAAGAAGAUGAAAGAAAUGGCCAUGAAGGACCCAUGACAAAAAUAAAAAUGUUCACUGGUAGUACAGACCGACAUGAUCAAAAACAUGCUGGAAACAAGCCUAUUAAAGAUCAGCUUGGAUCAAGCUUUCAUUCACAUCUGCCUGAACUGCACAUAUUUCAGAUCAAAGGUAAAAUGGGUAAUCAACUUGAGAAGUCUACCGAUGAUGUUCCCUCGGUUUCAACAUCCCAAAGAAUUUCUUGUAGACCCCAAAUCCGUAUUUCUAAUAACUGUGAGAAUAAUUCCCCAAAUUCUUCAUUACUCACAGAAGAACAGAAAGUACACAUGACAAAAACAUCUUUCCAGUGUAAUGAGAGUGGCAAAGCCUUUAAUUGUAGCUCACUCUUAAGGAAACACCAGACAAUCCAUUUAGGAGACAAAAUAUAUAAACGUGAUGUAUGUGGCAAGGUGUUUAAUCACAAGCAGAACCUUGCAUGCCAUCAGAAAUGCCACACGGGUGAGAAACCUUACAAGUGUAAUGAGUGUGGCAAGUCCUUCAGUCAGGUGUCAUCCCUUACAUGCCAUCGUAGACUUCAUACUGGAGUAAAACCUUACAAGUGUGAUGAGUGUGGCAAGGUCUUUGGUCAAAAUUCAGCCCUUGUAAUUCAUAAGGCAAUUCAUACUGGAGAGAAACCUUACAAGUGUAAUGAAUGUGACAAGGCUUUUAAUCAACAAUCAAACUUUGCACGUCAUCAUAGAAUUCAUACUGGAGAGAAACCUUACAAAUGUGAAGAAUGUGACAAAGUUUUCAAUCGCAAAUCAACCCUUGAGACACAUCGGAGAAUUCACACUGGAGAGAAACCAUACAAAUGUAAGGUUUGUGACACAGCUUUCACGUGGAAUUCACAACUGGCACGACAUACCAGAAUUCACACUGUAGAGAAAACUUACAAGUGUAAUGAGUGUGGCAAGACUUUCAGUCACAAGUCCUCCCUUGUAUGCCAUCAUAGACUUCAUGGUGGAGAGAAAUCUUACAAAUGUGAGGUUUGUGACAAGGCUUUUGCAUGGAAUUCACACCUGGUAAGACAUACUAGAAUUCACAGUGGAGAAAAACCUUACAAGUGUCGUGAAUGUGGCAAGACCUUUCGUCAAAAUUCAGAUCUUUUAGUUCAUAAAUCAAUUCAUACUGGAGAACAACCUUACAAAUAUGAAGAAUGUGAAAAAGUUUUCAGUCGCCAGUCAAGCCUUGAGACACAUAAGGUAAUUCAUACUGGAGAGAAACCAUACAAAUGUAAGGUUUGUGACAAGGCUUUUGCAUCUCAUUCCUAUCUGGCAAAACAUACUAGAAUUCAUAGUGGAGAGAAACCUUACAAGUGUAAUGAGUGCGGCAAGACCUUCCGUCUGAAGUCAUACCUUGUAUGCCAUCGUAGAGUUCAUAGUGGUGAAAAGCCUUACAAGUGCAAUGAGUGCAGCAAGACCUUCAGUCAGAGGUCAUACCUUCAUUGCCAUCGUAGACUUCAUAGUGGUGAGAAACCUUACAAGUGUAAUGAGUGUGGAAAGACCUUCAGUCACAAGCCAUCCCUUGUAUACCAUCGUAGACUUCAUACUGGAGAGAAAUCUUACAAAUGUACACUUUGUGACAAGGCUUUUGUGCGUAAUUCAUACCUAGCAAGACAUACUAGAAUUCACACUGCAGAGAAACCUUACAAGUGUAACAAAUGUGGGAAGGCUUUUAAUCAACAAUCACAACUUUCACUUCAUCAUAGAAUUCAUACUGGAGAGAAACUUUACAAAUGUGAAGCAUGUGACAAACUUUUCAGUCGCAAAUCACACCUUAAAAGACAUAGGAUAAUUCAUACUGGAGAGAAACCAUACAAAUAUAAGGUUUGUGACAAGACUUUUGGGAGUGAUUCACACCUGGCACAACAUACUGGAAUUCACACUGGAGAGAAACCUUACAAGUGUAGUGAGUGUGGCAAAGCCUUUAGUGAGAAGUCAACAAUUAUUCCCCAUCAGGCAAUUCAUGGUGUAGGGAAACUGGACUAACGUAAUGAUUCUCACAAAGUCUUCAGUAAUGCUAAAACCAUUGUAAAUCAUUGGAGAAUCCAUAAUGAAGAGAGAGGUUUUUUUUUU